GGCAAUGGGAUUUACUCUCAAGAAGUACUCUUGAGGAUGGCGUUGCGGAAAGAAGAGAAGGCCAGUCUGGGCUGAGCUCACCCCUCGGGAAGACCGGGGUUAUUUUCUGGCGAAGAAGGAAGAGUUUCAGCUGCUUGUCUGCCCUGCAGACUGGUUGUGAAGAGGCAAGGUUGUCGGCGGCCCCAGCCCUGGUUUCCUGGAAGAAGCAACAAGAGCGGCACACUGCAGAGGAAAUGAACGAGAAUAAGGCUGAGCCUGGCGUCCUGGCUAUGGAAAGGCACGCAGUCAUCACUGUGGCUCAGUAUUCUGGAGUCACCCAGGAGCGCUUCCUGCAGGAGAUCUACCCACUGAGAAAGCCCGCAGUACUGAAAGGAAUAGAUUUAGGUCCCUGCACAUCCAAAUGGACCGUGGAUUACCUUAGUCAAACAGUGGGAAGUAAAGAAGUAAAGGUCCAUGUCUCUGCAGUGCCACAGAUGGAUUUCCUCAGUAAGAACUUUGUGUAUAGAACACUGCCCUUUGAUGUAUUUGUAAAGAGAGCAGCUGAAGCCAAACACGCAGAGUACUUUAUUUCUGAGGAUGAAAAGUAUUAUCUGCGGUCUCUGGGAGAAGACCCUCGGAAGGAUAUUGCAGACCUCAGAAGACAGUUUCCCCUGCUGGCGGAUGACAUUUGGGUCCCCGAAUACUUUGAGAAGGAGCAGCUCUUCUCCACGGUCUUCCGCAUUGGCUCAGCAGGACUGCAGCUUUGGACCCAUUAUGAUGUAAUGGAUAACUUCUUAAUUCAAGUGACAGGGAAGAAACGAGUUGUACUGUACAGUCCUCGGGAUGCCCCUUAUUUGUAUCUUUCAGGUAGCAAGUCAGAGGUCUUAGAUGUGGAUAUGCCAAAUUUGAAGAGAUAUCCUCUCUUUGCCAAGGCCAAACGUUACGAGUGUCUUCUCAAUGCAGGAGAAGUUUUGUUCAUACCAGCUCUGUGGUUCCACAAUGUGACUUCAGAGGAAUUUGGGGUUGGAGUCAAUGUAUUUUGGAAACACCUUCCUGCCGAAUGUUAUGACAAGACAGACACUUAUGGAAACAAAGAUCUUGCUGCAGCCUCAAGAGCAACUCAGAUUUUGGACAGGGCGUUGAAGACACUCGACGAGCUGCCUGAGGAAUACAAAGACUUCUAUGGCCGGAAAAUGGUUUUACGUAUCCAAGAAAAAACAUAUAGCACGAACUAUGAAUAAAGGGCACAUUGGAUCUUCA